UACUUUUUUCUUUAUGGCACAAUUUGUGGUCAUUCUUUUGUGCGUACCUACCUCCUCUCGGCCGCAGUCCCUGUUGGAAUCUAUUUCUUUUUUAUCAUUAUGGCUGCCUUUCUAUCUUGCCCAUUUUGACAGGAGUUCAGACUUUCAGUCAUAGUUUCAUAGAUAUCUAUCAUUGCAAGAUCAGCUGCUGUCUCACUUUGAUGCAAAGGCUUGGCUACCUGGGGAUUGGAAGUGCAAAAUGGAGUAUUAAUAAUCUCUUUAUUUCUAACAUUAUUCACCAUAUAAUGAAAUUUAUAUUUUCAAAACUAAAGUAUUUUACAAUGUUCAGGUGUUGAGGCCACUACCCCUGGGGGUCAUGCCAGCUCAUCUCUUCGUUGGAUAUACUCUGAUCAUAUGUACCCUGUCAUGAAGAACAUUGCUAUAUUUGGAGUUAUAAUGUUUUAUUUUUAUCUAUGUGACAGAACAAAUGUGUUUUUCAAGGAGCACAAGCAAUACAGUAACUUAGUUUUUGGAGUAAGCAUGUUAUCUURUCUAGCUUUUGGAGCAUAUACGUGGACACCAGCAGAGCAGGUAGUUGUACUGAAUCGAGAGCAGACAGAGGAAUGGAGAGGCUGGAUGCAGCUUGUAAUUUUGCUUUAUCACUACAUUGGUGCAAGCAAGGUACUGCCCAUCUACGUGUUCAUCCGCCUUCUCGUAGCAUCUUACUUGUUCAUGACGGGUUAUGGGCACUUUUCGUUCUUUUGGAAGAAAGGAGAAUACGGCCUGUUUAGGUUUUGUCAGGUAAUGACGCGAAUGAAUAUCUUCACAGUAGGACUGUGUCUGGUGAUGGGCCGUCCCUACCAGUUUUAUUACUUUGUACCACUCGUCUCGUUCUGGUUUGUUAUUGUUUAUGUCACCAUGGCUGUCUUCCCACACGUCACUGCAGCAUCAGUUAGAGAUGAUCCAAARCAAUACAUAUUUAUAUGGUUAAAAUUCUUCGUCUUAUUUGGUGUCAUAUAUGUUGUAUGGACUUCUCCGGUGCUGUGUGACUGGGUCUUCUCGCAAUGGGCUGUAAAAGAAUUAUUCAUUGAUGAAAAUGAUAGCGUAAGGGAAUGGAGAUUCAGGUCGUGGCUMGAUAGAUACAUUGUUUUAUAUGGUAUGAUAUUCGCGUUUGCAUAUAACACUGCAAAAGAAGUUCGAGUACUGGAUGAUACAAGUUUAAAAAGAUUGUUCAAUCCUACCCACACUACUGUWACUCUUUUCCUGUCUGCGUUAGCAUUAGUGGUUUACGUGAUUCAAGCAUUUACCUGUAGCAAUAAACCGUCCUGUAACGCUACUCAUUCUGUUGCUUCUUGUGUACCAAUAACUGCAUUCAUUCUUCUACGAAACGGUCCUUCAUUCCUUCGCGCUAAAUUCAGUCGUUUCUUCGCAUGGGUUGGGACGAUUUCUCUUGAGCUGUUCGUUGGUCAGUACCAUAUUUGGUUGGCUAAAGACACCAAGGGAGUACUGGUACUAAUACCUGGUCAACCUCUACUCAACGUCAUCGUCACUACAUUCGUUUUUGUAUGCAUAGCACACGAGGUGCACAAAGUUUCCGCUGUCCUAACCAAGGCCUUGAUAUCACGUGAUAUUACCACAAUGAUUCGUCGACUUUUCAUAUUUAUAAUAGCCUUGAUUAUCAUCUGGUGGCACAAAACACACCACACACUAAGACCUAGGUUGAAUUGAAAAGUAUAUCAGUUUUAUGAUAGAUAGUGUCAUCGCAAUGGCGUGCAGUCGAGUCGAAAAGCCGAGAGUUGACUUUUUAAAGUCUAGCUUGGUAGGGUAGCGAUGGGUAGCAGGCAGGUAUAGCGAAAUGAAAUCGAUACGGACUGCCACAGAAAAGAACUACUCGCUUAGUUUCGUAACGAGGUCCAAMUACGAAUUUAUAAAAGCGCAUAGCCAUUGGCGCAUUCUACAUGUUUCAGCCAAUCUGUGGGUUUCUUUGAAAAAGUAACUUAAAUAUUAAGGAUCUAUAAGUACGCAAAAUGCAUGAAUGCGAAAAUUGCGGAGAAAUACAGCGCAGAGCCUCUGAGCAAGGAAACCAUGGCAAUAUAUUGAAGAUGAAUUAAUCAAAAUGAUAACUAGUCACAGGAAGAACGUAUUUUUUUCUGAUGAAUAUCUCUUUGAAACGAUAUGUAUAUAUUAGGGAUUGAUAGAAAUUAAUAUGAUAAAUUAUUUUACAAAGAAAUACAAGGGUAUAAUAAAAUUAAAGAUU